AUGGCGGCACAGGGUGCAAUCAAACGGAAGGUCUAUGAACUAAAACGAGCUGACGAAUGCAGUAAACGUGCAAAUCUAAGUAGUCUGCCUGAAAACGAUGAUUUCGUUGAUGUUGCACCUCAGCUGAAACGAUCUGCAACACUUGCGUUGGAAGCUACUGGUGUAGCACCGAUUAUCGGUAGUGAUGAUGGUGAUGCCCUUCCAAGCAUCAACACAAGAUCAUCACCAGCCAUUUUCGUGAAGGUUGUGUCUGGUCUGACCGAUGAUCAGAAGCAGGCAGUCCGUGACAUGGGAUUCGGUCGUUUGUUGGAGUUGACGAUAACGAUGACACCGGCAAAAAUGGGGCACUGGUUGGUUGAGAACUUCAAUCACAUGGAUCGGAAGUUGAAACUCUACGGUGGGGAAAAGAUUCACGUGAAAGAAGACGAUGUAUACGUUGUACUUGGACUGCCCCGUGGAACGAUUGAGAUCACGAAUAAAAAGAAAAAAACCGAGUCAGAGUUGUUGAAAGAAUGGGUGAGGUUAUAUAAUGUCAGUAAGCCGGCAAACAUUACAGCCAUGAGAGUCUUAGACAUGAUUCAGAAUUGUGAUAGAAGUGACGAUUGGUUCAAACGCAAUUUUGUUGUUCUCAUGGUGACUUGCCUAUUCGAGAGCACUAGCAACGGGAUGGCAAAUUUACGUAUAAUCCAUCUUCUCAGUGAUCUAUCGAAUGUGAUGAAUAUGAACUGGUGCUCCUACAUGAUUCGUUGUCUGGUGUGCACGAAAAAAUCUUGGAAUGAUAAUCGGGGACGUAAGAACUUCACAGGGCCGCUUCUAUUUCUGACGGAAUUUGUGCAAGAAUUUGCAUCGAAAACCCGUAUUCUUGCAACUAUUGGUGUGGAGAUUUUGAAGUUGGUUGAGAAUGCCCCGAAGGAUCUAUUAGAUGAUGACAAUUUCUUGAAAAUGCAAGGCGCGGCACAGAAACUACUUGGGGUGUGUAACGAGGACUCCAAAGGGACUGCCAGCCAACGUGCGACUGUUGCUACACCAACGCAAUAUGCCCAACCUCAGUUGACGAACGAUGCAUUUUGGAAUAAUCCCGAGAACUUAGCUGCCAUAGAUGCUAUUAUUGAGGCUGUUGCUCGGCGUGACCAUUUUAUAAAGAUGAAGAUGCAUGAUGAAGGCCCUAGUUAUAGCCUUGGACUUGGGCUUACCCAAGAUGAGGAUAAUGUUGAUGAGGGACGACAUAAUAAUGCUGACGAACCCACUAUUGGCGGGCCUUCCAAUGUAGACGUGCCACCAGUUGAUUGUGGUGCGGCGAUGAAUGCAGUUGCAGGUGAUACCGGCGUUGAGUGCGUGGGAGAUGAAACCGGGUUGACUGAGAAAUUUGUUCGUGACGAUGGACACGCCGUCGCACUUUCAAUCCCGGAGGUUGUCAGUUUGGAGUGGUCUGAAGACUUUGAUGACGCGGAUGCAGGCGUUAUAACAAUGCGUCUCAUGGAGACGUUUAAAGGGCGCAUUACGAAAAACUGGAACCAAGAUAUGAAGAAGGUUGACAAGGGGCAGCUGAAGCUUAUGAGAAAGCGAUAUUGCUAUGUGAUAGCGUGUGCUCCAAACAAUGAUGCGAAAGAUGCCAACCUCGUGGCAGCACGAAAGUUUCAGGAGCUAUACGAGGGGGUGAAGACACCAGUUGUUUCUUGA